ACAGACAGUUGUCUGCCAACAGAGCUACUGAGAGGUUCUAGAUUCUAGAAUGAGAUUUUUGUGUGUUUUACUGCUCCUCAUUGGGGUUGCUAGCCAGUCAAGGGGCAACAAGAAAGUCUCCUGCAAGGAUGAGCAAGGCAACGAUGUCGAUUGGUGGCAUUUGUACAAGCUGCCCAAACAUUACCAACAAAACGAUCUGGGCAAGGAUGUGAGUGGCUUGAGGUAUUUGUAUGUGACCAGCAACAGCUACGACAACUGGCAACUGUCCGGGAAGCGGGUCAGCGAUGCCGACUCCCUGCCUGCACAGACCAUCAAUGCCCUCAAUGUGGAUGCCAAGCACACCCUGCUGGCGGCCUACAACGAUGAGUUUCCCAAUGGCACGGUAUUCAGCACUGGCGGCCACACCAAGGGUCUGGUGGCCAGCGAUGGGGAGACGGGCGUAUGGAUUGUGCACUCGGUGCCCAAAUAUCCCACCCUGCCGGAGUACGCGUAUCCCACCACUGGGGAGAACUAUGCCCAGAGCAUGCUCUGCAUCACGGUGAAGGCCGAGGAUCUGGAGAAGGUGGGCCAGGUGCUGAUCUACAAUGAGCCGCAUUUCUACUACCAACGGAAUCCGCUGCUCCAGAGAUCGGACCUGCUGUUCCCCAGCCUGGAGCGGGCCAUGCACGGCCAAUGGCGCACCGAAUCGCCCUUCCAGACGGAUCUCGAAUUGCGUUCCUUCGAUGGCAAAAAGUUCCGUUUGUUCGGCAAGAGCGGACGCGCCAAUGUGGAGCUCUAUGCGGAUGUGGUGGCUCCUGCCCUCGAUGUCAGCCUCUUUGUGGAGGCGUGGCGCGAUGGUGCCGGCAAUCUGCCCAAUCGCUGCGACAUCUCGGACAAGGUCUUCAAUGUUAAAUCGAUCGCCAAUCUGGAGCUCUCUGUGGACUUUAAGACCACACUGGAUCACUCCAAAUGGGCCGUGUCCCGUCCCUCAGGCAUUUUGCUCUAUCACUGGCGUGUGGGCGGUGGCGAUUGGAUCUGUGUGGGUGACAUCAAUCGGCAGCAGGGCCAACUGGGACGUGGCGGUGGCACCCUCUGCCACAAGAGCUCGCGAGUGUCGAAUCUAUAUAGAAAUCUGGUGGCCAACUAUGACAAGUGUGCAGAGGAGUAGUAUGCAAGAAAAUAACCCUUCUAGCUGU